CCCCUCCCUCCACCCAGGAGCUUGUUAGUCCCUUGUAAAUGACCCUAUCCAAGUCACAUCCGUGAAUAUGGUUCGGCGACCCACCGGCUCAGCGGCGCUGGCUUCAGCCUAUACGAUGCGACCGACCGCAAUCUCCAUGAACGUCCAUCGGCGGUCUCCCGAAGGAGGAGCCAUCGAUCAGCCUCGAGUCACCAUUGUGAACGCCAGUAUCCUAAUCCCUGGAGACGGAAAUCCCCUGGAAAAUGCGGCCUUGGUAAUCAUUGACAAAAUCAUUGCUUUUGUAGGCCGGCAAGCCGAUAUCCCCAAGAGAUACCUGCGCGGACCGCACACGAGCCACAACGUAGUCGUCCUAAUGCCCGGUCUGUGGGACUGCCACAUGCACUUCGGGGGCGAGGACCAGUACUACAAUGACUAUACGGCGUUUCUCGCCACUCACCCGGCCUCCUCCGGCGCCCGACUGGCUCGGGGCUGCUGGGAAGCCCUGCAGAGUGGCUAUACCUCUUACCGCGAUAUGGCCGGGUAUGGGUGCGAGAUCGCCCGGGCGAUUGAGGAUGACUCGAUCGUUGGGCCCAACGUCUAUGGGGCCGGGGCGGCGAUCAGCCAGACGGCCGGUCAUGGGGAUAUCUUCGGCCUGCCCGCCGGGGAGGUGCUGGGAAAUUUCGGGGCACAGAGUCCGCGCCCCGGCCACUGGGGGGCAGGGCCUGUGUGCAUCGUGGACGGGGUCGAGGAGGCUCGACGCGCCGUGCGGCUGCAACUCCGUCGGGGGGCGAAGGUGAUCAAAGUCAUGGCCUCUGGCGGGGUCAUGUCCCGGGACGAUAACCCCAAAUGCGCGCAAUUCUCCCCCGAGGAGCUGAAAGUCAUGGUGGAGGAAGCCGCACGCCAGGACCGCAUCGUCUCCGCCCAUGUGCAUGGGAAAGCGGGCAUUCUGGCGGCCAUUCGCGCGGGCUGCAAGAGUCUAGAGCAUGUGUCCGAGGCGGACGAGGAGGUCUUUGAGCUGAUGAAAGAGAAACGCGUCUUGUACGUGGCCACCCGGACGGUGACUGAGGUGGCCCUGGCCAACAAUGGAGAAGGACUACCCAAAGAGUCGUGGCGAAAAUUGCAAGUACUGGCGGACUCGCAUUUGAAAGCCUACCAAGGAGCGGUCAAGGCCGGUGUCACCAUUGCCCUGGGUACCGACACUGCCCCCGGGGGGCCCACGGCGUUAGAGCUACAGCUGGCCGUCGAGAAGGCAGGCAUGACGCCCCUCCAAGCCAUCAAGGCUGCCACGGCCAAUGCCCCGCUGUGCAUCGGUCCACAGGCUCCCUUGACGGGCCAGCUGAAGGAGGGGUAUGAAGCAGAUGUGAUUGCACUCGAAGAAAAUCCCCUGGAAGACAUCCGAAUCUUGCAAGACAAUCAAGUGAUCACCCAUGUAUGGAAAGCUGGUAGGCUCUUUAAAGGACCGGGCGUGGGUCCCUGGGGGGAGACCCCGAAUCCUUUUCGCUGAUGCCAUGAUGAUUUUGAAUGACUUUGAAUUCUCAAUGGGAACUCCCUUGAACGAUGGAUGUAUCACGCUUGAGAUAGUGCAAUAGAAAUGAUCCUAUAUCCGGUCCCCGUGUACCGCGUGUGCUACCGAAGUGCUGCAGCAAGCCGUGU